AUGACCUCAAUGUCAACAUUACCGCCCUCGCAGCUGUCACGGCUACCACCUCCAACUGGAUCGUUACCGCCUCUCCCCAACCCUAAACCCAGAAAGUCUACAUCUUCCGACACACCACGGGCUGCAUCCCCUUACCAGGCCUCCAAACUGCGGACCCCAUCCAGCCCCAAACCAUCGCUCAAGUCGCCUCUAUCAACGUCAAACUCAACCUCCAACCUGAAUGCCCGGUCAACUUCCGGUGGGCGCACUCCGGGUAGUCCCGACAAAUCUUUGCGCCGAACAAUUAGUAUCGCGUCAUUCCCCCAACCACCAAAGGCCAGCAGUCGUCCAUCCACUGCAUCAUCGCUCUCUGGGAUCCAAGGUGCUACUUCCAGUGUGCGACCCCAAAGAAGCUCGCGGUUGAGCACAGGAACUACGAGCAGCUACCGGAGCUCAAAGACUCCAUCAUUACUCAAUGGUAGUGGAGAAGGUAAAUUCAUAUCCAGUGGAGAUGCGCGAGAUCCGGAGGCAUCUCCAACCCAUAGCAGAAGCUCAUCCGCCCAAGGAUCUUGCUCAACGAGUGCGACGACUUUUGAGGAUGCAGAUGAUCCGACGGGGAAAUCAAGCUCUAAGCCAAAGGAGAUCAAGGGCAACGUGCUUGUCAGCGUGCGUGUUCGUCCCGACAACAACAAUGGAGAGACUUCCCGAAAUCAUGGUGAAUGGUCCGUCGAUAGUCGGCAAAGCCUCAUCUCAUACCGCGGGAAAGAAGGAGGAGAUUACUUUUAUGGUGAGAACGACAUUCCUUACUGCCCGUUCGGAACUAACCGUGGAGCAGAUAAUGUCUUUAAUCCACAAGAAAACAACGCCAAAGUUUAUGAUUCGGCUGCCAAACGUCUUGUUCGGCGUGUCAUGGAGGGUUAUCAUGGAACGGUCUUUGCAUAUGGUAUGACGGGAACCGGAAAAACCUUCUCUAUGCAGGGCACUGCCACAUCCCCCGGUGUAAUUCCACUCGCAAUCACCGACAUCUUUUCCUUCAUCAGAGAGACCCCACAUCGGGAGUUCUUGCUGCGGGUCAGCUAUCUGGAAAUAUACAACGAGAAGAUUAACGAUCUUCUUUCUGCUUCCGCUGCCAACGGCCCCGCCGGAGCCCAGGAGGAAAUCAAAUUGAGAGAGGACAGCAAACGAGGAGUAUAUGCAACGCCGCUCAAGGAAGAGAUUGUCCAGAGCCCGACACAACUUCUCCGUGUUAUCGCCCGAGGUGACCACGCGCGACGAACGAGCAGCACACAGUUCAAUGCGCGCAGUUCUCGAAGUCACGCAGUGGUUCAGAUCGUGGUCGAGAGUCGAGAGCGAGUGCCCUCUGGCAGCUCUCAAGAUAAGCGCUCCGGGAUCGCCCCGGGUGGUGUCCGGGUGUCAACCUUGAGUCUGAUUGAUCUGGCUGGCUCUGAACGUGCGGCUGAUGAUAAGGAACGCCGCACAGAAGGUGCCCAUAUCAACAAAAGUCUGCUCACUCUAGGCACCAUCAUCUCUCGGCUAUCAGAGAACAAGGAUAAGCAAGGCAACCCCACGGACCGCGAUGGGAGGCAUUUGCCUUACCGGGAUAGCAAGUUGACCCGACUACUGCAGCCAGCCUUGUCCGGUGGCUCGCUUGUGAGUAUUCUGUGCACCAUUCAAUUCACGAGCGCAGUCAAUUCGCAUACCGGUGAAACUUUGAAUACCAUGAAGUUCGCUGCGCGGGCGAAGAAUAAUAUAGUCAGUCACGCCAAAAAGGCCGAGGAGGCAUACGGCGGCGGCGGUGGUGAUUCCGGUAGUCGGGUACUGCUUGAACGAUACCGUAUGGAGAUUCAGGCUCUUCGCGGUCAGCUUGAUACCCAGGCCAAAUCCCAGGCGGAAAAGGAGCUCAAAUGGGACGAGCAGCAGUAUGAAAAGGAAGCACAGGCCCGACACGAGGAACAGGUAUUGGAAAUGCAGUUGGCGCGGACGGCGCUCAAAGAGCGGAUCGAGCAUCUCAAUCGCCUGAUUUUGAGCUCCAAGUCCACCGGCGUAAACAACCAUAACAGCCUCUCUGCGUUUGGACGUCUUUCCCGCAUGUCUGCAACAGAUUCGGGUGCGCGGUCACUACGUUCUUCCGCCAGUCAAUCUACACUGGGUGCCGGCCAUUCAUCGAUUCGACCCAUCUCGUUCAUAUCAGUCAAUAGCAACGAUCCCUCAUCGGGUAUGCUAUAUCCAGGAGGAUCGUUUGGCAACGAGGACGAAUACGACCUUGGUGAAUUUGGCGAUGGCAAAGCCAGCUUACAACGACAGGUCACUGCGCUGCAAGCUGAUCUCGGUGAUAAGAACCGGUACAUCUCUACCCUGGAGCGCCGGCUGCUCCAGGCAAGACGGUCUAGUCAUUCCCGGAUGUCAGUGGGUAUUAAGCCCGCAAAUGCCACAAUUGCCGAGCAUCCAGAUGUCUCGGCUUUGGUCCGCGAGAAAGAUAUGGAGAUCAAUGAGCUCCGGUUGCAACUCGAUGAUAAAGAUCGCAUGCUUGCCGCGCUUCGAUCCGCAGCUCGCCAUCGAGACUUGGCUGCUGUGACUAAUGACUCGCAGUCACCAGAGCUCAAGAGCAAGAGUGGAUCUACUGCUGGCGAUGCAGAUAGUUUUGCAGGGACCAAUGGCUUCAUUGCACAAUCUGAGAGUCCAGACAAGCGUCCCUUGUCUGGUAGAAGUGAAAAGGAAGACGCGGGGAAGAAUAUGGACGAGGUCUCACGCAUGCUGGAGGAAAUGAUUCAGGGUCGAGCAGACAGUGGGCACAAUGCUAAGAACAGGAGCAUUGCUAGUGAAAGCCGACGAGAAUCCUCAUCAGCGGAGGUGCCAGGUCUAAACCCAACUGCUCCCUCGUGGAAUCCAAACCUGAGCUCGCCAUUCCGAGGAUGA